UGGGAUAUUGAGGCUAAGACUUUUAGAGAAGGUGGGCCAGGGAGGGGAGAGAUCCUGAGACAGAGAAAAAAAAAUGAGAAGUGCAUGCAGAGAGAGAGAGAGAGAGAGAGAGAGAGAGAGAAGAGCACAAGAAGGGAGGGCUGCUUUAUAGCUGCUAAGACUGCAGACAGAAAUAGCAGGCAAACACUGUGAGCUGUAUCCAACUCAGAAGCCAAGACCAAAUUUUAUUCACUUUCAUUAAUCAGAUGAUCAGAAAGAAGGAAAUGAAAUCCGGUCCUGUCCUCUUCUGCAUCUUAAUGAUCGGAAAACAUUUCUCUCGAGGGCACGCGCUGGAGGAGGCCAAGUGUCCCCUGGGCUUCUUCCCCUGCGGGAACGUAUCUGCCUGCCUGCCCCAGCAGCUGCACUGCAAUGGCGCUGACGACUGCGGGAACCGGGUGGAUGAGGAGAACUGCGGGGACAACCAUGGAUGGUCUCUGCAACUUGACAAAUACUUUGCCACUUAUUACCAAAUGGCCUCCUCCCCAUAUCCCUUUGACACAGAACGAUCCGAAUGCCUGGUCAGCUCUGUGCCGGGGCACUGUUCAUGCCGAGGUCUAGCGCUCGACUGUGAUGAAGCCAGUUUACGAGCUGUCCCGUCAGUUUCUUCAAAUGUGACUGCAAUGUCGCUUCAGUGGAACUUCUUAAGAAAACUCCCUCCCAAUGCCUUCAAGAAGUACCAUGAUCUUCAGAAGUUGUACUUGCAAAACAACGAGAUCGUAUCUGUGUCCACCUACGCCUUCAGAGGACUGUACAACCUUAAUAAACUGUAUCUCAGUCAUAACAGAAUAGCCUUUCUGGAACCAGGUGUUUUUGAAGAUCUCCACAGACUCGAAUGGCUGAUAAUUGAAGAUAAUCACCUCAGUCGAAUUUCCCCACUCACAUUUUAUGGCCUAAAUUCUCUCAUUCUCUUGGUUCUGAUGAACAACAUCCUCACCCGUCUGCCGGAUGAGCCUCUCUGCCGGCACAUGCCAAGACUGCACUGGCUGGACUUUGAAGGCAACCAUAUCCACAACUUAAGAAAUAUGACUUUUAUUUCCUGCAGUAAUUUGACUGUUUUGGUACUGAGACAAAACAAAAUCAACAACUUAAAUGAAAAUACUUUUGCACAUCUCCAGAAACUAGAUGAACUGGAUUUAGGAAGUAAUAAGAUUGAAAAUCUUCCACCACACAUAUUUCAGGAUCUGAAGGAGCUGUCACAAUUAAAUAUCUCCUACAAUCCAAUCCAGAACAUUCAAGCAAAUCAAUUUGAUUAUCUUGUCAAGCUCAAGUCUCUCAGCCUAGAAGGAAUUGAAAUUUUGAAUAUCCAACAAAGGAUGUUUAACCCUCUUGUGAAUCUCUCUCACAUAUAUUUUAAGAAAUUCCAGUACUGUGGCUAUGCACCACAUGUUCGCAGCUGUAAACCCAACACUGAUGGGCUUUCUUCUCUUGAGAAUCUUCUGGCCAGCGUCAUUCAGAGAGUGUUUGUCUGGGUCGUAUCUGUGGUCACCUGCUUUGGAAACAUUUUUGUCAUCUGCAUGAGACCUUAUAUCAGGUCUGAGAACAAGCUGCAUGCCAUAUCAAUCAUUUCUCUCUGCUGUGCCGACUGCCUCAUGGGAGUGUACUUAUUUGUCAUCGGAGCCUUGGACCUCAAAUUCCGUGGAGAAUACAAUAAGCAUGCACAGCUGUGGGUGGAGAGUACGAAUUGUCAGCUCAUGGGCUCUUUGGCCAUUCUGUCCACAGAAGUGUCUGUUCUACUUUUGACAUUUCUAACUUUGGAAAAAUACAUCUGCAUUGUGUAUCCUUUUAGGUGUUUAAGACCUCAAAAAUGCAGAACAAUUAUAAUUCUGAUUCUCAUUUGGAUUGUUGGGUUUGUUGUAGCUUUUAUUCCACUGAGCAAUAAGGAAUUUUUCAAAAACUACUAUGGUACCAACGGAGUAUGUUUCCCCCUUCAUUCAGAAGAUACAGAAAGUACUGGAGCCCAGAUAUAUUCAGUGGCAAUUUUUCUUGGUGUUAACCUGGCAGCAUUUGUCAUCAUUGUAUUUUCCUAUGGAAGCAUGUUUUACAGUGUUCAUGGAAGCACUGGGACAGCAACUGAAAUACGGAAUCAGGUUAAAAAGGAGAUGAUCCUUGCCAAGCGGUUUUUCUUUAUUGUAUUUACCGAUGCACUAUGCUGGAUACCCAUUUUUGUACUAAAAUUUCUUUCACUGCUUCAGGUAGAAAUACCAGGUACAAUAACUUCUUGGGUAGUGAUUUUUAUUCUGCCUAUCAACAGUGCUUUGAACCCAAUUCUUUAUACUCUGACCACAAGACCGUUCAAAGAAACAAUCCACCAGUUUUGGUACAACUACAGACAAAGAAGGUCUAUUGACAGCAAAGGAAGUCAGAAAACAUACUCUCCAUCCUUCAUCUGGGUGGAGAUGUGGCCUCUCCAGGAGAUGCUGCCCGAGGCCAUGAAGCCAGCUGCUUUCACAGACCCCUGUGAAAUGUCACUGAUUUCUCAAUCCACUUGACUCAAUUCCUAUUCAUAGCUGACAAAAAGGCCCAUUUUGUCACAGAGUAUACUAUGGGGUACUCCACGUGGGAUGUCCGGACAUGAAACAAAUACCAUAAAAUUACUAAAUUAAUACAACCAUUAAUAAUGGCUAAGACAAAUUAGCUAACAGGGACAUAAAGAAAAAAGUGGUUAAAGCUU